CUAAUGCCUAGGAUUUUUCUGAGUGGGCAGAUGCAGUUUCGAGUUUCAUGGAUGACGUCGGUUCAAUAGACAGACAGACAGACAGACAGAAUGAAGAAACGGGUUAAUCUGGCUUAAUACAUUACCAUAUGGUGUGAAGAAACUGACUGGCUGCUUGACAGACUGACUGACUGACUGACUGCUUGACAGACUGACUGACUGACUGGCUGCUUGACAGACUGACUGACUGGCUGGCUGGCUGACUGACUGGCUGCUUGACUGGUUGACUGGUUGACUGGCUGGCAAAGGGAGGGAGGGGACAUCCAUAAAGAUCUUUACAGUAAAUUGAUGAUGCCCUCACACACUGGACAUCUUGUCUUUUCAUUCUUCCUCUCUAGAAGUGGGUUUUGCAGGAGAUUAUUGACAUGGGAUUAUCUGCUAUAAUAACAGAUGCUGAGGUCAUCAUCAAUUUACUGUAAAGAACUUUAUUGAUGUUACUGUGUGGUCUCCCUCCCUCCGACAGGCAUCAUCACUCAACAUUAUUACAACAAAAACACAGAGAGUCCGAGAAAACGUGUGAGAGCGAAAGAGCGUGUGUGUGAGAGAGAGUGAGACAGACAGAGAGAGAGAGAGAGAGGAGUCUGAGUGUAUCCCACAGCAGCAGUACUCAGAGGCUGAAGCAGAGCAGCAGGUUCUGUCAUCUAUCAGGCAAUAUUCUGCAGGUUACGGGCUCCCUUGUGGUCUGCUGACUUCAAUAGGAAACCCUUAAACACAACUUCUUCAUCAGCAGCAGACAUGCAGACAUGAAUCUAGCAGAGUUUGACAACGUGACUCUGAGGGACAACACUACCAACUGUCUGUCUAUCGAUGACUUCCGUAACCAGGUGUACUCUACUGUGUACUCUAUCAUCACGGUGUUCGGCCUGGCCGGUAAUGGUUUCGCCCUGUUGGUUCUGGUUAAAACGUUCCGUCAGCGUUCUGCGUUCCACAUCUACAUGUUGAACCUGGCCGUGUCCGACCUGCUGUGUGUCUCCACGCUACCGCUACGGGUCCUCUACUACGUUAAUAAGGGUCAGUGGAACCUGGGAGACUUCCUGUGCAGGGUUUCGUCCUAUGCCCUCUACGUGAACCUCUACUGCAGCGUGUUCUUCAUGACCGCCAUGUCCGUCACACGCUUCCUCGCCAUCGUGUUUCCCGUGCAGAACCUGCGCCUGGUUUCAGAGCGUCGCGCCCGUCUGGUGUGUGUCUGUAUCUGGGUGUUCAUCUGCACUGUCUCCUCCCCCUUCCUCAUGACUGGUCAGCACCUCGACCCAGCCACCAAUAAGACCAAGUGCUUCGAGCCUCCAGAGCGCAGAACAGGGGGCGGGCUUAGCAAGCUCAUCAUGCUCAACUACUUCUCAUUGGUCGUGGGCUUCGUGCUUCCUUUCUUGGUCAUCCUGCUGUGCUAUGCCGGGAUUAUCCGGGCUCUGCUGUCACGGCAACACACUGCGCAGCGCCAGAAGGGGGUGGGGUCUAAGGCUAUCAGAAUGAUUGUAAUAGUGAUGCUAGCAUUCCUGCUGUGCUUCAUGCCGUACCACGUCCAACGCUCCGUCCACCUCAGCUUCCUGUCCCAGACUGCCACUUCCUGUUCGGAGCUGGUGUACAUGCAGAAGAGUGUGGUGGUGACACUCUGUCUGGCUGCCUCCAACUCCUGCUUCGACCCCUUGCUCUACUUCUUCUCUGGAGAGGGCUUCAGACGACGCCUGUCAACCUUCAGGUCCACUAGAAGGACACAGAGACAACCGGCCACAGAGACAGAGGCACAGCCACCGUUAGGGAGGGGAACACGCUUUGAGUGAGUGAGUGAGUGAGUGAGUGAGUGAGUGAGUGAGUGAGUGAGUGAGUGAGUGAGUGAGUGAGUGAGUGAGUGAGUGACAGGGGCACACGAGCCUAAGAUCACGAUGCACAAAGUCAAGCUCUGUUUUUCAUGGUUUGGGCUAUGCCCCUUAGUUCUAGUAAAGGGAAAUCUUAACGCUACAACAUACAAUGACAUUCUAGACAAUUCUGUAGUUCCAACUUUGUGGCAACAGUUUGGGGAAGGCCUUUUCCUGUUUCAGCAUGACAAUGCCCCUAUGCACAAUACAUAUGGAGUUGGUACCCCUUUGCUGCAAUAUUGACCUCAACUCUUAUGGGAAAUCUUUCCACUAGAACAUUGCUUGCUUGCUUUCAUUCAGCCACAAGAGCAUUAGUGAGGUUUGGCACUGAUGUUGGGCUAUUAGGCCUGGCUCGCAGUCGGCAUUCUAAUUCAUCCCAAAGAUGUUCGAUGGGGUUGAGGUCAGGACUCUGUGCAGGCCAGUCAAGUUCUUCCACACUGAUCUCGACAAACCAUUUCUGUAUGGGCCUAGCUUUGUGCACUGGGGCAUUGUCAUGCUGAAACAGGGAAUGGCCUUCCCCAAACUAAGUUGGAAGCACAGAAUUGUCUAGAAUGUAAUUGUAUGCUGUAGCAUUAAGAUUUCCAUCGCUGGAACUAAGUGGCCUAGCUCGAACCAUGAAAAACAACUAAUUAUUCCUCCUCCCCCAAACUUUACAGUUGGCACUAUGCAUUGGGGCAGGUAGCGUUCUCCUGGCACCCGCCAAACCCAGAUUCGUCCGUCGGACUGCCAGAUGGCGAAGCGUGUUUUUUUGCGCCUACCUAGGUCAAAUUCUAGAUGGCGGAUUAAAACAAGGCUAUACCCUCCAUAAAGUGACCAUUGGACUUAAAAAAUGGCUGAUUGACUAAUAGUUUUUGUUAAAUUUAUAAUUUCAAAUCGGCCUCACGUGCACAUUUCUGUCCGUUAAGAAACAACGAUGUGCUACCUUUUGGUAGCAUUUCGGACCAUGCUAAACUAUUUUUUAGGUCAGUUGCUUUUAACAACACCAUGCUGCCAGUCAUAAGAAGUGUAUGGAACAAACCAAGACUAUUGUAUAUAGAUAGCUUCCAUACCACCAUAUAGCUGAGGGUAAUCAAUACAUUUAAAGAGAUAUUUUGAUUAGCUAGGUAGCUAAAUAGCUAAUGCUACCUAGCUAACAUUAGCUUGCUUGUACAAAGUCCAGCAGCUAGCCUCUGUAGCUAGCUAUCACCAGUCAGCAUAAAGCUAGCUAGCAAACAAAGAUGUAAAUGUAGCUAGCCGAUGAAUGUGCUUUUGUUUUGAUGAGCUAGCUAGCUAACAUAAUGUUAUACCAGUCAAGUGAGAGCUAACAUUGGCUAGGUAGUUAACCAAUAAGUAGGGAACGCUAGCUAGCAAGCUAUAUUUUGCCAAUAAGAUUUUUCACAUAAUGCUGAAAUCAUCUUGUGUAAACUAGACACUUAGAUGUAACCAGAGCAUAAAGAAAGAUGCACAAAUAAAUUAGCUAAUGUCCUUGGCUGCUAUUAUAGCUAAUUAACUUUAGCUAGCUAAUUAACCUUAGCCAACGUAAGACUUAACAUUAGCUAACGUGUAUGGCCAGUUCAUGCACGACAAUAUAUCAUACUUUCUUACACAAAACAUUAUUAUUUAGUUAAUGUUAGUUACGUUAAGUCUAAAACCACCAAACUUUGGGAAACUGCCAUACUUAUAGCCAGCAGUAUACCACCCUGCAUACCACUGCUGGAUUGCUUCUGAAACUAAGCAGGGUUGGUCCUGGUCAGUCCCUGGAUGGGAGACAGAUGCUGCUGGAAGUGGUGUUGGAGUGCCAGUAAGAGGCACUCUUUCCUAUGGUCUAAAAAUGUCUCAAUUCCCGAGGGCAGUGAUUGGGGACACUGCCCUGUGUAGGGUGCUGUCUUUCGGAUGGGAUGUUAAAGUCAGGAGACCUGUAACUAACAUUCCCAAUCUGGCCAUCAAACCAUCACAGUCACCUAAUAAUCCCCAGUUUACAAUUGGCUCAUUCAUCCCCCUCCACUCCCCUGUAACUAUUUCCCAGGUUGUUGCUGAGAAUGUGUUCUGAGUCAUCUCACCUGGUAAAAUAAUGGAUAAAUAAAAAUACUCAUCAUGUUUAUUGCACUGAUCAAAUGUGUCAGACAGGACUAACAUUGCAGUUAGCUAUGCUACAUUUCCUAAGAAGAACCAAGACCACAAACCAUAGCCAAGAAAACAAAUGGGUUUGUUGAGAUACAGUAAGUUAGUGAUGUUGAACUGCAUAAAAUUAAGAAACCCAAAUGCCCAUGGAAACCUAACCUCAGUUGUGCAUGCUUACCAGACUGACAGCAUUGCAUUUCAAACAUUUGUCGAAUAAAUGACAGCUCUGGCAUAAACUCCC